CAAAGAUGACACAAUAUAGAUGAUCUCAGAUUUUUAAGUUGGUUUUUAGAAACAUAGAUGCAUUAUUCGAUAUCAACGGAUUUUAGAGUGCUAUAAAACCAUAUGAUACUUCUAAGAAUGAAAGAAUAAAACUUCCGUUAAAACUAUGUUCAUGAUUGUGCCGGUAAAAUGUUAUGUACAUACCGGUAAACGUAUUAAUGUCAUAUUUUGAUUAUACUUUGAUUAUUGUGCGAAUGUUAUAUUUCGAAAAUCGAAGUAACAAAAGAAAAUAAAAACAUUUAACACAAAAAAAGGUCUCUCGUGACUUUUCACUCUAUUUUCAUCCCCCUAGUAUGCCAAGCGAACACGUCAGGGAUCACUCGAAUUGUGUUCAUAAAGAAAUAUUGAUUCGUUUAACUCCUAUGAAUGGCAAUUCCAUGGAUUUGUGCUUGAUUCGGGGGCACGGUUGAGUGCAGCAACAUGCGAGCAGUGCGUCGGUCCCCUGACCCUCAUACGGUGCACAAAACUGACACCAGCUAUUGUACAUGUACUUGGUCUUCACUCAUACAAGGAACAGUGUUUUUGACUUUGGCCUAUUUCUCUCGUUCGAACUCCCGGUUCGAACCCCAUGCGUGCCCAGUACUCAUCGUAUAAGGUGCGGCGUGUGCGGUUUUCGUAAUCUGUGAUAAGUUGGACCCGGUUGCCUGUCGGACAUUCCAACUAGUGUUACCACCACCACCACCACCACCAUCGCAACAACAACACAACUACCAUGAAAGGAACUUCUUUCCUCAGAUUGAAGCUCUUAACAGUGGCAGUGAUCACGAUAUCUGUAGGCUGGUACCUACUGCAGUUUGCAUCUGACGAUCAGAGACAUCUAUGGAAACGCAUUUUGACGGGUUUGUUUGGAGUACUGAGCAUGUCGGUGGCCGUUCUAUCACUCUGGAUGACUACCAUGCGGAUAUCCUACGGGCACGGACUCAUCUCAUCCUAUCUCCACAUCAUCAUCAUCUCACUAGUUCUCUACACCCGCUAUUCGAUGGUGAGGAAGUGCAGAGAAUCCUGGAAAAAACCCAGGAAAUUCCAAGAGGAGUAUCUAAAACUUAUCCUCAAGGCAAAUGCUGCAACCGAAUACAUCAAGGAUUUUAGACUUGGUUCUGUAACGUCUUUGUCGGAUCUUAAAAAGAUGCACCCAUUGACGGACUAUGAAAGGUAUAGGCCAUAUGUAGAUCGGUUGGCGAAAUGUGAACAGGGUGUUUUGCUUGGAGAUUCUGUUGAGCGAUUUGCGCUGACGUCAGGAACUACCGGGAAAUCCAAGAUGAUUCCGUACGGUGGAGCCUAUCAAAAGCAUCUUAACAGGUGGCUAUUUGGCAUAUUCUUUGAUGUACGUGUGAACGCUUUUGGUGCAGAUGGACGUCUCCAACGAGAGAUUAACUUGUAUACGGCACCAAAGCUGAGGUAUUCCGAAGGUGGUAUCCUGAUGGCUCCUGCCUCAGUAAUAACCAAAUCUUUUAGACAGUUUCUAGUCAUGUAUGCAACACCUGCCGAUGGUUUCAGCAUUAGCGAUCCUGUCGAUUCCGUAUACGUCCACCUCCUGUUUGGGCUUCGCGACCCGUACCUUCGGUGCGUGAACACUAGCUUCACCUCCAACUUGAUGUCGGCCAUGCGAAUGGUCGAGCAGCGCUGGCCCGACUUCGUUCGCGACAUCGAGUUGGGAACGGUGACGACGACCAAUGUUCCACCGGAGGUUCAUCAAACCCUCGUCAGGGAGAUGGGUGGUGGUGAUCCAAAGAGAGCGGCAGAGCUGAAGAGAGAAUUCGAGAAUGGUUUCGAAGGCAUCAUCAAGAGAGUCUGGCCACAUAUGACACACGUUCACUCUCCGGAUUCAUUAGGACUCAAAGAUACCCUACUGAAAUCAUAUGUGAAAGGUUUGCCACUUUUUGGUGCGGUACUUGGUGCAUCUGAGGGUAUCUUUGGUAUCAAUCUCUGGCCCACGUCACCGGAAAAAGAUGAGUUCGUCCUGAUGCCAGGGUUAUGUGCCUUUGAAUUUAUUCCCGAAGACAAGAUAAGUGAAGAUCAACCGGAGACACUCUUCAUCGACGAGCUCCAAGUUGGAGGGGUCUACGAGAUCGUCAUCACUCAGUUGUUUGGCUUCUAUAGAUUUAGAUACGGUGACGUUAUUAGAGUCAGGCGGUACCACUUCAACACGCCUGUGGUGGAAUUCAUGUACAGGUCUGGUCAAAUCCUCAAUGUACAUGCGGAGAAGCUUGACCAACACACGGUGAAGAACGCCAUGGAUGCGGCACUGACCCACUGGCCCCAUGUGUCUCUAGAGGAAUAUGCUGUAGCUGAGAGUACUCUCCUCGAUCAACUCGUGAAGACCGAUGCGGACCAUCGGCCGUACUAUGUCGUCUUUCUGGAGCUGAGUCCACCACCCGAGAAAGAUUCCAUAAUCAACAUCUCCUUGGACAAGAUUGACGAAGAACUUUGUCACCAUUCCUUCACAUACAACUCGUUCCGGGAGAAAGGAAGCAUAGCCCCUCCUGUUGUGCACAUCGUGAAACCCGGCACAUUUGAUCGUCUGCAUGAUUUGAUCCUUGAUAACAGCACGACUUCUGCAAACCAGUACAAGGUGCCGAGGAAACUCCGUACAGUCGCGACCCUAAAACUCAUGCUUGACAACUCUAUAUAACAUUCUGAAGUGAAUGCUAAUCUCAACUAAAAAUAAAAUGCCAUGAGACCAUAA